CAACAACACUGGUCUUUUGUUCCCAGCACUUUCUACACCUGCACAACGAACAGGCCCAGCGACGAUGGCAACUCUUCUCGAAAAGCAGAUCAACCUGAAGCAAAUCUCAGGUGAUACUUACACGGCUUCUUGGCAUGUAGACUGGACGGUCGGCUCUACUCUUCAUGGGGGAUGCAUUGCCGCCGUGGUCCAUCAUGCCGUCGCGACCCACCUCCGUACAGACCCUCGGUUCCGGACCCAGCCUCAUAUUUUGAACCUUCAUUUUGAUUUCCUUCGGUCCUGUGAACGUUGCGACAGCGUCAUCACCAUCACGCCUCUGAAGAUUGGCGCUCUCGUGAGCACGCUGGAGCUGAGACUCUCACAGAACAACAAGCUCAAGAUCAUCGCCCUAGCCACGGCGACAGACUUCAACAAGUCUCUGGGCCCUAGCGUCCCCACCGCCAAGUCCUGGAGUGGGCUGUUGCCCCCUCCCAAGCCCACCCCCGAUUUCGAGCGUGUGCUCGCUCGGAAAGCUGAACCGAACUGGGUCCCCGCUCGUCUCGAAGGCGAGAUCAUCCCCAUGACCAGUCGCAUACUGGACUUGUACCCUCGCGGCAGUUUUGUUGCUCCUGGCAUCUGCGAUACAUGGCAUGGGUUCCUGGGGGACGAACGGAUCACCGAUACCUACCUGGCAUUCAUGACCGACAUGGUGCCAUCCAUGUCCGAUACGCUCAUGCAAAACGGUGGCCUGUAUGACGCGCAUGUUUUUCGGGACGAGGCGGAGAAAUGGGCCAGUGAACAUCCCGGGGAGACCUGCCUUUUUUCUAACACUGCCGCUCAGUUAGUAAAGUCGAAAACAUUCAACACGACUGCCACUCUGGAUGUCGAAUUUAAGAAGAAUCUGCCACAGGAAGGCUUGCGUUUUGUCUUGGUCCGCACAGAAGCCAAAAUGUUGUCUGGCGGUAGGAUGGACAUCCACAUGACAAUAUGCAAUGAAGACAUGGAGUUGAUCUGUUUGGCACGGCAGGUCAUCUUGGUGCUGGAGGCUGGAAGGAAGUUCCAAGCCGGAACGAGGACUUCAGAUACAAAGUUAUAACCAAAGGAAUAAUUGGACAUCCAUACUCGUAGAACUAUAGAGAGAACCAGCUCAAUUUUGGCUUCAUUACCUUGGUGAUUGAAAAGCAAAACCCUCAAAAUGAAUAUCUCUAGUCUUAUAUAUUUUUGAAAA